AUGUCGUCGAGGCAGUCCCGACAGGAUGAGAUCCUCGCCAAGCGCGCGAAACUUGCAGAGCUGAAGCGACAACGUGAGAUACGGCAGAAGGAGUUCACCACCAGCCGACAGAGCCUCGACCCCGGCGAGCUCAAUCAACCGUCGCCUCUCCGCAAUCGCAGCGUCAACCGAGAUGGAGAGGAUCUAGAUGCCUUGGUCUCAUCGCUCGUCGAUCGCUCCUCCUCCACCGCCCCACCAGGGACUCCAGGCACACCAUCUGGUGGAAAGAGCAGAAGAGUGAGCGGCAUCAAUCAGCCAUUGCAGGACGAAGGAGCAAGUACACCACGACCAGUCCGAUCGUACCAGGAUGCUUCCACCGAUACCCAGACCCUGUCUUUCGCACAAUCACAGACUGUUUACGAGAUUCCCGUGGAAACCAAGCAAGAGGUCAUCACAUACAGCAAAGGAGUCCAAACCAACGAGGGUUGGUCAUCUCCGCGGGACUUGAGCGAAGAGGAGGCAGAUGGCGUUACAAGAAGUCGCAGCCGACGGAGGAGAAAAUUGAGUGCUCGGGCGAGGGAGCUGGAGGAGGAUCAGAUUCGACAGCGUUUACGGCAGGAGAUUGAGGACGAACUAAAGUCGCUGCAACUGCAAGACACUGUGCCGACAGACGUUUCCCGCUUCCCUGCCAGAACCCUGGCGCCCGAAGAGCUCAACGCCGUCACGAGCAGUUCCGACUUUUUCGAUUUCGUCGAACGCAGCAGCAAGGUGAUUGAGCGUGCCUUGGAUGAGGAUUAUGAUGUCCUCGCCGACUACGCCCUUCAAUCUCGUGCGGUCGAUGGCGAAGAUGACGACGAGUACGUGGGGCGAAAGGGCAGAAGGAUCAAGGAGGUCGCACAAUUCGAGCUCUCCGAACCGAUGGGCGGCAGGAGAAUGCUCAGUGAUGUGGACUUUAGCCCCAAAUUCCCCGAACUCCUCGCCGCAACAUACACCAAGUCGGCGCAGUCCCCCCACACCCCGCCAGGCCUCCUCAAUGUAUGGAAUCUCCACCUCAAAGGCCGCCCAGAGUACAGUCUGCAUGCCACCUCUGACCUCCUCUCCUGCUUGUUCCACCCUCAUCAUCCUUCUCUCAUUCUCGGCGGCACUUACUCCGGUCAGCUCUGUCUCUGGGAUACACGCGCUCGUCAUCAGCGUACCGGCGAGCCCGUGCAAAAGACACCCCUUACCGGCGGUCGCACUGGUCACGCGCAUCCCAUCUACAGCCUGGCGGUGGUCGGCACGCAAAACGCCAGCUCCAUCAUCUCGGUCAGCACUGAUGGCAUCGUUUGCGCUUGGUCGACAGACAUGCUCACACAACCGCAAGAGUAUCUCGAACUGCACUCUCCGAAUCCCUCUGCUUACAAAACCGAUGAUGUGGCUCCAACUUGCAUUUCAUUCCCGGCCUCCGACCCCACCUACUUCCUCGCCGGUACCGAACAAGGUACCAUUCACCCCGUGCACCGCUACGACCGCGCAGGUGCGAAAGCCGGAAUCGAUGCCCGUUGCAUCUACCGCGGUCACGAAGCGCCCGUAACCAGCAUCCACUUUCACCCAUCACGGGGAAAGAUUGAUCUGGGUGACCUCGUUCUCAGCACGGGAAUGGACUGGAGCGUGAAGGUGUGGCGCGCUCGACCUCCCUCGGCCACAUCUUCAACCAUCUCCGGACAGACGGACGUUGUCAAACCGAUUCUCGACAUUUCGCAUGACGACCUCGUGUACGACGCCAAAUGGUCUCCCACUCGGCCCUCCAUCUUCGGCAUGGUGGACGGCGGUGGGAAUCUUGAGGUGUUUGACGUGAAUGCCAGUUCGGAAGUGGCGGUCGGUCGUGCGCGGCCGAGUCAUCACGAGCGGGAUGUCUAUGCGAGGAAUCUGUCGUUGAACAAGCUAGCGUGGGAAAAAGGGCAGGGCAAGCAUGUUGCCGUGGGAGGGCUGGAUGGUGUUGCGACGGUGUUUGAAGUGGGGACGGAGUUGGGCGGAGUGGAGAGUAAGGGGGACGCCUGGGUUGGGGUGAAGAAGUGGGUUGGCAGGCAGAGUCGAGGGAUCAUGGAUUGA